CUAAAGGAGAAAAGGAAAUUGUGCUUCAUGGAUUAGGAGCCGCUAUACAAAGAUGUUGUAACCUGGCUCUUCAACUAGAGAUUCUUUUUUCUGGAGCAUGUAAGAUAGAAGUUAACACAGGAACAGUGGAUAUUGUUGAUGACUUGGAGCCUCUAACAGAUGAUGUCGAUUACGGUACUCAAGUGAGGCACUCAUCUUCCAUUCACAUCAGAAUAUUCAGGACUGCUAUGCUAGGAGCCAAUCAGUGAAAAUGUUCUUUACAAUUGGUGAAAUUGUGCAGUGGAUCGGACUUACCGUCUUUGAAAUAUGGAUAAACUUAAUUACUAUAACAAUAUUUACUGCCCUACUAGCUCUUAAAAUUGAUGGAAUAGUGAACAGUGCUUGGUGGACAAUAUUUGCCCCUCUAUUUGUGAGUGAUGCCAUGAACGCAUAUUUCUGUUGCAUUGUAUGCAUACGGAUGACUUUAGAGAACUCUUAUAAAGCUUCCAUUUAUAGGGCGUCAUGGAGUGUUAUAUUUUUAGGUUUAACAUUUGUUUUUAAAUUUCUGCUAUGUCGUAAGCUUCAAGGUGAUUCUGCAAUAGAAUAUAGUGAGGUUUUUGCCCCACUCUUUAUCUUAUUACAAUUAAUAGCAGUAAGAGCAUGCCAGCUACAUCAAUAAUAUAAAACACAUUUAUAAAUCUAUAGGUAUGUUAGUAAAAUAAACCAAUAUUUAAUGUGAAAA